AUGAAUGAAUAUCUAAUUUAUUGCAUUGUCUCAGUGUCACUAAUAAAUGGCAUAACUGCAUCAAUCAAACACAAAAUCAGUAGCGAUAUUGUUAGAAUAUUUUCGGAUGAAUCAUUAAAUUUGAAUGAAGACACAUUACCUAAGUGGAUAACUACAAAAUACCAUAAGGAAGGAGAUAGGCAUAGGUUCGAUCUUACGGUUGAUGAGAGCCAUAAAUUGAAAUAUAUACUAUGGGACGGAAUUAAAAAGGAAAUUACAAAUAAAGAGGUUUCAAAAUAUAGAAUAUACUUAUGCAAUGCACAUGUAUUUAAUGCUAAAUUGACUUUAGUAAAAAAUAAUAAUGACGAGUUUGUUCUUAUAGAAAAUAUGAAUCUAACUAAAAUUCCAUUAUGGAUGAAAAUGAAUUUAAUAGCCGAAAAAUAUCAUUACAAGAAACCAAUAUAUGUGGAUAUUGUUAAUUUGCCAAAAGAAAUCGCCAAAAUUAAUAUUGAUGGCAUAGAAUUGGUGAAAUUAUCUAAUGAUUAUUCGGAAAAUAACUUUAUCAAGGGAAUUAAAUGGGAUGAUAUAUGGGAAUAUAUCUGCCCAGAUGGAUUUGAAAUAAAUGAUUUGGCAUACGAAAAGAUCAAAACUACGGUAUAUCUGAAAAUUACACUAAAAGAUAUAGAUAAAAAAUCAGUAAAAAUGAUAGAGAAAAAAAUUAAUCUGAAUGAAAAAAUAUCAAACAACAAAACACAUAAGACAUAUUUAAGAAGAUAUUUAGGAAGUGGAAAUUUAAGUAAUAAAAAGUUACUUGAUAUUGACCUACAUAGUGAUGAAUUAUCAGACAAAAUUGAGGCACUUGCAUUCUAUAAUAAGAUAUUAAUAAGGAUUAAUCCUGAAGUCAGCAAUGAAUAUGGAAUUGGAAGUUUAAAUUGGAUUCAUAAAAUAUAUACCAGUGACGGAACGUAUAUACAUGCUUCAACAAUAGAACCAUUAGAAAUAAACAAAUUAUUAUUGUCUAUAUAUUACAGUCAUGGCGGAGAAAUAUUUAUUGCAAGACAUUUGAAUAUGAUUGAAGUAGAUAAAAUCCCAAAUUGGAUUAAAAAAAUUAAUGAAUCAAUUGUAUCUUUCAUAAGUGAUAAUAAAGGAACGUCCUUUGAUUUAUGUGAAGAAACAUUGCCAACUAUAUUAACAUUAAAUCAAAAUAAUCCUGAUUUUAUCAUGCUUAAGGUAAAACAUGAUGAAGAAAUUAAAAAUAGAAUAACUGAAAUAAGUAUGGAUAGCAUAAAUAUAACAAAUAUUAAAUAUAGUCAACCUUUGGAUAGAAUAUUAAUAAAACGUGAAGAGAAUGAUAUAUAUAUAAAUAUAUUAACAAAAAUUUAUGAUCGCUGGAAUUAUGAUUUUAGUUCGAAUUUACUCAAACUAUCAUGCAAAAAAACACCAGGUUGGCUUAAAUUCGAGCAAAAGGGAGUUAAAAGCCAAAUGACUCUUGAUCUAACUAGAGAUGUAAUUGAUCCUAACAUAAGUGCUACACAAUUUAAAAAUCUUUUGAUCUUAGAGGCUAAUCAUGAAAGUGGUUAUUAUGGAAUGCAUAAUAUAAGUUGGAAUGGUAGAUGGAUGUAUACGACAGACAAUAUGCCUAUUGGUCUUAUAAUCCUAGAAAGUAUUGAUAGGAAUCUAAUUGAAAUUACAUUGAUUAAUUUGAGUUUCUAUAAUACCACAAAAUACAACUACAAAACACAAUUAGUCAAGAUACCUAAUUGGAUUAGUGCAAUAUCUAAAGAAUUUUCACAAGAAUACGCACAAGGAAAGCCAUUAGAUAUAUCUAAUGACACACUUCCAUCUAAUAUUAUAUCUAGAAAUUAUGGAUCCGUGAUAGAUUUAGAGUCAAAGAAUAUAUAUGACGCUGAACAUAAAAUCAGUAAAAUCAUUUGGAAAGGGGAAGUAUCUAACAUUCAAAAAGGACUUUUUACAAAAGCUACACUCAAAAUAGAUGAUGAAGGAUUUUUAGAUGCACAAAUAGAAUACAUUGACGGGCGCGAUUUACGAUUCGACAUGUUUAAAUCAACGUCAAAAGGAAAAACACCUUUGUGGAUCAAAGAAAUUAACAAAGAUAUGGCCAAACGUAUGGAAAAUAAAAUUGGCGUGACAUUAAAAUUGUGUGAAAAUAGUAUUAUUAGCGAAAUGGAUGUAAAUCAUGAUGAAUUUCAAACUGAGUUUGUUAUUAAAGAAGAUCUUAAAAAAACCAAUGAUAUUAUAGGUGUAGAUUGGGGAACUGGAGCCGAUUUUAUAUCUUAUGAGGAUGAAAUUAUUGAAAAGGUGAACUUGAAUAAAAAAAAUAAGGAAAUAUUAAUCACCAAAUCAAUAAUGAAAGAUGGUAUCAGUGAGAAAAGGUUGGAUAAAGGUGUUAUGAAAUGCACUGAAACACCUAAAUGGUUCAGUGCUGAUGUAGGAAAUAAUGCUAUGUUUCAAACAUUGACGACUGUAAUGCUUAUUGUACCUCUCUAUUGUUUAACGUACUAA